GUGUAGUACCAUUUCUUCUAUCCUCGCAAAAAUGCAGCUAUUCCGCGCCGGGUACCGGUCGUACUUCGAGUCAAGUACCAUCGUUUCCGAAUCGUCUCUUAAUCAGUACUUUCUUUUUGUUUAUUUUUGAUAUAAUCGACAACGGUGAGCGGCCAAGAACCAAACGAGUUUGCAAUCGCAAGUUAGCAUGUAGUACGAUGCUAUUUUGAUGGUACCCAGUUUUGGUGUUAGUGACAUUGAGACAUUAAUUUAAAAACUGUAACAGUGGUCAGUGAAAUAGAGACUUUGAGCUUGAAAAUUAACUUUUUCUUGAAUGAAAAGUACUUUUUAAUUUUUAGUUUUAAACAAAACAGUGACAAUGAAAUCUUCAAUUUUAAUAAUGAUAAUAUUAGGCUUCGGAUUUAUACAAUCAACAAUCCAGUCACCUACAAAACCACCAAAACGAUUAGUUAGGAUAGUAUCAACAGUGAAACGUGGUGAUCCUAAACAUUCAAAAAGAUCAGCAGGAUCACCAUUCCUGUCUAACAUUCUACAACCCAGAAUACUUAGUAAAAAGCCUUUAAACGUGCUCCAAAACGGACCAUAUUUCAUCAACCAUUACAUCUAUUGUGAUAACCUUGACAAGGGAGUUUUGGAACAAAUAAAGUCCGGAACGAUUUCAAGUGAAAAGGCCAUCGAAUUGUUGAAUCUCAAUAAACCCAAUUUUCAUGAUUUUCACGGACUGAAACCCAGUUUGGAGUCUUUUCAUGGCCCGGGUUAUGAGCAUGGGAUAUUUACAGGAAAUAAGGAAUUCCAUAUCUUGGAUUUACCGAAAGAAGAACCUCAUGGUUUUGUGCAUGAGACAUCGUUUAAUACUCAUUUCUCCGAGUCUCCAUCAGUAGACUUGAAUUUGAAUCAGAAUUUUGAUAAUUUUGAAAUUAGCUUAGAAGGCAUUACACCUGCUCCACCAUCUCAUGAAUCAACGUCAAAUGAGGUAGUGACUCCAUUAUAUCAAGGACAUAUACCAGACCUCUAUAAUCACAAGAUUAAUACAAACUUGGAUCAUAUAGUCGAAUAUUUAAACAAAAACGUGGAAAGUAUUGAAGGAACUUAUAAUGGAGAUCUUGAUAAACCACAAGAAGAAAAUUUGGAGGUACCUCAUUUGGAACAACAUCCACUUGAACACGACCCUUCAAAAUCCAGCUACGACACUCCAGGAGCUGUUGACUCAUAUGGACAUCCAGUGACUCCAACCACAUUACUACAAAACUCAAACCAUUUUCCUGGAACAAAUUUCGACCAAUCGGAUCAUACCCCCUUUUUAUCAAACGCUCACCAAGGACCCUACGGAAAUCCUGGAAGCAAUUUUGACCUUUCCAAAGACUUCCUAGGAUUACCUCCAGAUAGCGACUCCCUGAUCAAACAUUUUAGUGAAAUUAACGAACUACAAAGAAACAGACGACAAGGAGUUCAGCCAGAGCAGACUGAUUCUAAGUCGAUUUUAACAAAAAGCCUGGCUAGAAAUGAUGUGAGACAUCCAAAUCACAAAUAUGAUUGAUUAAUCAGUCUCUAUAAUGAAUCUGGUACAAGAGUAUAGCGUGACAAAUAAUUUAUUUUUUAUAUUUAGAAAGUAUGUUUGUAUAUAUUUUGCAUUUUAUAUUUACGUUAAUAAGACUGUUAGAAAGCAGGGCCUUUUUAUAAAGUAAUUUUACAUGUUACAUUUUACGACGAAGAUUUCUUUGUCAAAAUAUGAAUUCAGAAAAAAUACCGGUAAUAAAAUAAAAUGAUAUAUAGUCU